AUGGUGGCCAACAUCGGGGUGCUGCUUCUGGCCUCAUUGGUGUCAUUUCCAUCCACCUCAGGAUCCCGUCCAUGUGUUCCAGUUAAUUUCGGGCAGAGCUCUUUCGUGUGUCAAUGUAAUGCCACGUAUUGUGAUGGCCUGGAUGCCUUUGACCUCCCAGCGCUGGGCUCCUACAGCAUGUAUGAGAGCAACCAGGCUGGCAAACGUCUGGAACUAAGCACUGGGCCCAUCAUCAAGAAUCACUCUGCACCAGCCGAUCUGGUCUUCACACUGAACGACAAGAAGAAAUUUCAGGUCAUGAAGGGCUUUGGUGGAGCAGUGACCGAUUCUGCUGCCCUGAACAUCCUGGCAUUAAGUGAAGCGACUCAGGACAACCUGCUGAGGUCCUACUUCUCCGAAAAAGGAAUUGGUUACAGCAUUCUCCGUGUCCCCAUGGCCAGCUGUGACUUUUCUACACGAAUCUACACCUACCUGGAUAAAGAAGGAGACUUCAGUCUGGAGUCAUUUAAUCUGCAGGUGGAGGACACCAAACUGAAGAUUCCCAUCAUACACAAAGCAAAGACCUUAUCGAAAAGGCCAAUAUCGCUGUUCGCCAGCCCCUGGACGGCCCCGCCGUGGAUGAAGACUAAUGAUGACAUCAGAGGGAAGGGAACUCUUAAGGGCUCUCCUGGAGAUCGGUACCAUAAGACCUGGGCCAACUACUUCAUCAGAUUUUUGGACGAAUACGCCAAACACAAUUUGACGUUCUGGGCGGUGACUGUGGAGAACGAGCCCACGGCUGGGAUGUUGGAGGGCUAUCCGUUCCAGUGUUUGGGUUUCACACCGGAGCACAUGAGGGACUUUAUCGCCAAUGAUCUGGGCCCAACCUUGGCCAACAGUUCCCACAAAGAUGUUCAGCUCAUGAUAAUCGACGACAACCGGAUUCUGUUACCCUACUGGGCUGAGGUGAUUCUCUCUGAUCUGGAGGCUGCCCGUUACGUACAUGGACUCGCCCUCCACUGGUACCUGGAUGGGUUGAUACCUGCAGAUGUCACUCUUGGCCGCACUCAUGACCUCUACCCAGAAUACUUCCUGUUUGCCAGUGAGGCUUGUGCUGGCGUAAUGCCUUGGGACAAGGGGGUGCACCUCGGAUCCUGGGAGAGGGGGAACCAAUACAGCCAUCAUAUCAUAGAGGAUCUCAGUUACUAUGUGACGGGAUGGACGGACUGGAAUCUGGCCCUGGACAUAGGUGGGGGCCCCACAUGGGUGGGCAAUUACGUGGACAGUUCUGUCAUUGUAGAUGUGAAGAAAGACGUCUUCUACAAGCAGCCUUCCUUCUACCACAUGGCUCACUUCAGCAAAUUCAUCCCAGCCGGGGCCCAGAGGGUCGGACUAGGGGCCAACCGCAAGAGCCAGCUGGAGAGCAUCGCCUUCCUGUGUCCAGAUGGGUCAGCCGUCCUAGUCAUUCUGAACAGAGACUCUGAAGAUGUGAAGUUCGGGAUUUGGGACCCGGCGGUGGGGACAAUAGACGCCAUUUCUCCAGCGAACUCCAUCCAGACGUAUCUGUGGAGACGUCAAUGA